UGACUGCCGUGUCAGUUGUCUAGGGGUUCUCGAGCUCCCUUAUACUUCAUGAAGGCAAGUUGUCGUCGUGCUGGAAGCUACAACUUCGAGGGAUGGGUUUUGAUGCCUUGUUUUUGGUGUUACUUUUUGUUCUACAUGCUGCCUGUGAUCUGACGGGUCUCAAUGCUGUUGGAAAGUCAGCUUCGCAAAGUACAUCGCAUGUAAUACAGAAAGUUGCAGCUGCAGCCGUUGAUGGCAACCUGGACACUUUUUCACAUACCGCUCCAAACCAUACCGACCCACAUCCAUGGUGGCGACUGGACCUGGGUGAUGAACACUGCUUGGGCAAAAUCAUCGUAACACUCAGACAAGGAUGUUGUGGUAAAAAUCGCUUCUUGGGUGCUGUGGCAAGAGCUGGCGUUCAUCCCACACCCACCGAAAACCAGCAGUGCGGCUUGCCGGCCACCGAGGCUCAGUCUGUUCAGGGAACAGUGACGGCUUUUCUGUGUGACCCGCCGAGGACUGCCAAGUUUGUGAGCUUCGACAUUGACACAUCCAGACCAGAGGUCACAAACGCCAUUCUUAUGUUGGCAGAGGUGAAAGUUAAAGUGUACACAUCUGGAGAAUGUGACAAGGAUGCCCGGAUGAAGAAUACAGUUUUCAGCAGGCUCAGUGAAGGACGGUCAAUCGGUCACAGUAACCCACUCUCAACAGUGACGGCCACAAGCGUCAUAAAAUGUGCCAAGUACUGCAUGGACAACGCCGGAUGCCUGACCUUUGACUUCGCCAGAAGCAAUGGUCAGUGCCACCUCCAUAAUGUAAACCCGACUGACAUUGAGCCAUCCGACGACGAGGAUUUCAGUAUCUAUGGGUUUUAAAUUAAUGAAAUUACCAAAUGCUGAAAAUUAAUAUUAUAAUAAUGUCAUUUUAUUGUGUUUAGUUUCUACAUUUUUAAGCACUUUAGGGUAGUUUGUAAGGUUUAAAGGAGCACCAUAAAUUGUAUUUAAAUUAUUAUUAACAGUUCAGAUUUUCCAUGUAAUUUGUUCAUGUAUAGUUGUGACGCAACGCCGUGUAUAAAAACCCAUGCAGUUACAUAAAUGGUUGGACCACUCGCUGAUAAUUGCACAAAGAGUGGGAGGAAGGGUAAGAGGGUUAACUACCGUCUUGCCCAUGCGGGACCAUUCGGGUCAGUAUACUUACAACAGCUGGUUGUCUUCCUUUGAAAACAACCAGAAUGAGUUAUCUACAUAGGGUGUGAUGGCCGAGUGGUCAAAUUCAAGUUCUGGCGGUUUAGUCAUCGGAGUGUGGGUUCAAAUCCUGGUCAUG